AUGUCUGAUUCUUGUGGUAAAAGUGACGAAGAAUUGACGGAAGAGUUUAUACGAUUGCAGUUAGAAUUGAGGGAUAAACUAGUGGUUUGUGACACUGAGGACUGGGCUCUCGAUAUGAAUAAACUUGAAUUGAUUGGAGGGCUCGACAUAUCGUACGAUAAGAGCGACAGUUCCAGAGGUUGUGUCACUUGUGUGGUAUUGAACGCUAAGAAUGACUUUGAAAUUGUCUAUAAAAACAAUACAUUCAUUGAACCAAUCAAUCGAUAUAUCGCCGGCUUUUUGGCGUUUCACUGGAAAGAGGUGUCCAAACAAAUGGGUGAUCGCAGUGAAUGGCAGUGUCAGCGACACUUCAGGACUAAAGUGUAUUAUGUGAUGUCUAAUGGAGAUAUGGAUCGGUUGAACCGGUGGUCAGUGAACCACUCGCGACAAUUAGUUUAUUUUUUGCACCGGAGUUCAUAUGAAAACGAGUUACAGAUUGAUUGGGACUUUCUUAAAGACAAGUUUUCAGAUGUCUGUACAUUCCGGACGAUGUGUAGGAACUGGUAUAAUCUGAAGGCAAAGGUUCACGAUUACAAUCUUAAGACAUACCCAGAGAUCGUGGACUCGCUGUACAAACGAUACGUUGGACCCAAUGAUGAUGUGGAAGAAUUGGAAGAGUUUUGCAAAUCGUGACACCAGUACACCAUUCAUUGAUUCAUAUUUUAUCA